CAAGGAGCGGAUGGAGCGCCCCGACGUGCUGUGCGGGGAGGCCAGCCGCAGCCGCAAGGGCGAGGACUUCACGCUGCUCCGCGCCGGCGCCGGCCAGCGCGUCGCCGGGGACCCCUCCACCUCUUUCUCCGUCUUCGCGGUACCCCCACAUUGCUCUACCUAGUCUACCGUCCUCUUGUUCUGACCGAGUCCAGGAGGUCCAUGGAUCGGGGAAGGCAGAGGCCGCGUCCGCCUCCCUGGAGUUGUGUGUGGUUCUGGACAUGCAGCGCAGGAGCUUGUACGUGCCUGGCACUACGCGCUUGCUUUUCGCCUUUUCCUAUUGGCAUGGUUGUUCCAACUUUUCGGUCAAGAGAGAAAAAGUUUUUAGCCUUUUUUUUAAUGUAGAACAGUGCAUGCUGCAAGCAUCAUGCAUACGAAAUGUCUGGAACCUUUGAUCCUGGUGAUGAUCAUGGUUAACCAUUGCUCGCAUAUCCUAAUUUUUGUGCUGUUAUGAGUGAUCGUAUUCUAGUGGGGAGCAGAUGGAUAGUGAACUUCUGUCGGUAGAUCAUUUGCUUUUGCUGUGUUUUGGUGAUAGCUAUCAGAUGCUGUUUGAUGGGCACAACGGAUCUGGAGCUGCCAUAUACGCAAAGGAGAAUCUGCUGCACAAUGUCUUGCGUGCCAUUCCUACGUGCUUGAGCAGAGAUGAGUGGCUUGCUGUGCUCCCACGUGCGCUUGUUGCAGCAUUUGUCAAGACAGACAAGGAUUUCCAGAGAGUAGCUGGAACUUCUGGUACAACUGUGACAUUUGUGAUAGUAGACGAGUGGGUUGUUACAGUAGCAUCUGUUGGUGAUUCACGGUGCAUACUAGAAUCUGCUGAGGGUUCAGUCUACUGUCUAUCUGCUGAUCAUCGUUUCGACUCCAACCCAGAUGAGGUUGAACGUGUAACUGCGUGUGGGAGUAAGGUUGGGAAAAUGGAUAUUGUCGGCGGCCCAGAGGUUGGUCCUCUGAGAUGUUGGCCAGGUGGCUUGUGCCUAUCUAGAUCGAUAGGGGAUUUUGAUGUUGGCGAAUGCAUCAUCCCUGUUCCACAUGUUAAGCAAGUGAAGCUUUCCAAUGCUGGAGGCAGAAUUAUCAUCGCGAGUGAUGGCGUUUGGGAUGAUUUGACUUGUGAAAUGGCUCUUGACUGUUCUCGUGGGUUCCCAUCAGACGUAGCUGCCAAUCGAAUUGUUAAUGAAGCAAUCCGGCCUCGGGGAAUCAGGGAUGACACUACUUGCAUUGUAAUCGACAUACUACCUCCAGAAAAACUAGCUCCAACUCCUCCUAAGAGGCAGGGGAAGAUUGCAUUCAAUAGUAUGUUUCGCCGAAAAUCUGCAGAUGUUCACUUUAAAACAAAUAGUGAAUAUGCUGAACCGGACGUGGUAGAAGAAAUAUUUGAAGAUGGCUCUGCGAUGCUUUCUAAAAGGCUAACCACCGGAUAUGCACUUGAGAAAAUUUUUGCGCGCUCUAGUUGUGCGGUUUGUCUGGUACGGUUGAAAUCUGGGCAAGGGAUUUCGCUGCAUGCCAACCCACUGCAACAUGAAAAACUACAAGGUUGGCAAGGUCCUUUCCUGUGCCAUAGCUGUCAUGAUAAGAAAGAGGCCAUGGAGGGUAAACGAAGACGAAAAGAUUCUUCACCAACCGUCUUCGGUCACAUGUGCUAGGCCUGCCUGAUUGCCGGAACCAUUAUUUCAUACCACUAAAGAUUCUUUUAUUCAUAGCUGGAACCAGUAGUCAGCCCAUAACAAUUCUUUGGAUAGAUUGACCGUUUCAGUCGAGUAAUUCAACGUAUUCUUGACAGACAGCCUGGAGAUCUAUUAUUCAUCUGUUGGACUAUAGCAUAGGAAAGCCCACCUUAUUUUUCAAAGGACCACGGCUGUGUUCAGUUCAGCCCAAGCUGAAAGCUGCUUCUACGGCAUUCAACUGUACAGAGGUCGUGCUCCUUGUACAUAGAAGUCUAAAUGAUCAUUGAUCUUCUUGUAAUUUGUUGACGCCAGUUCACUGACGACGCCCGAGGAAAAAAAUGGUAAGAUUAGCGAUGAUUGUCUUUCGAGAUUA